AUGGGCAAUUGCAUCGGAUCACCGAAUGGAGGCGCCGAGACUGCUCAGGCACGAAAUGCCGAUCUAGAGAAGGCAGAGCAAGAGACUGAAAUCCUCAAAACGCGAAACGUUUCUCUAGAGCAUGAGAAUGCCGAGCUCAGACAGCGUAACUCAGACCUCCAGCAUCGAUGCGAGGCGCUUGAAGCGGAAUAUCAGAAACGUCUGGCCGAGCGCGACGCGCAGGCCCGCAAGCACGACGAGGACCGGCAGAAGCAAGCCAACGAUCUGAUCCUGCUAUCGACCGAGCGAGAUGGAGCAAGAGAUGCCGUGCAACAGUUGGAGAGGCGGAUCGCUGAGCUACAAACUCGGAAUGAAGUGCUGGCCCUGCAGCUGGAAUCUACUCGCGCGGAUGCGGCGAUAUUGACGAAAAACGAGAUGUCGAGGCUGCGCGACGAUCUCGUUCACGAAUCUCAGCGCAAUAUGGCCGAGCUUCUGGAGCGAAUGAAUGCGAUUCGGGAUGCUGCUCUUGAAGAGUUGGCUCAGGCCAAAGCCACUGCGGCCGUGGAAUCUGCAGCCGCGCGGGAAGCGGCGAGCGCGCUGGAGAGGCUGAAAGCGGCAGCCGAGCAACAGCAUGAAGAGGAUAGUCUUAAGUUGGCUGCUACCUUGAAAAAGCUCUCGCACUGUGAAGCUCAGUACGACGAGAGUCGCACAAACCAUGUGUCGACGCAGGCGGCCCUCGAUGCCUCACAAGCUCAAUUGUCAAAGCUGUCACAAGAGCUGGAGACGACCAGAGCAGCACUGUCGAACGCGAAUGCCAGCUAUGGUUGGAACAUAUCUGAUGUCGAUUGGACCGAGCGAGAUUACCACGAUAAUCCUUACAAGUUCUCGCACAGAACCACUCGCAAGGACUUCACAGUCAGCUACAAAUGGUGGGAUGCCAGUAACGAUUACUGUGUCGAUAUUCGCGAAUGGUAUUACAACACCAAAAGCAGCAGGAUGGAGCGGACCACUAAGGGAGUAUUUCUCCCGUUGCCGACUGCGCAAGAGCUGUCUCGGAUUCUGCCUGAAGUCGUGCGGCAGGCGAAAGUCGUUCAACUUCUUGAGGGCAUCGACUCCCACUCGAGGAUAUUCGAGGUGACGGGCCAGAUCUUCUCUGGUUCCUCAAACACAAUGCUGUACCAUGCCAGACAACAACCAUUCCUGACUCGAGCCUGA